CCAAUAUACAAGCGUCGAGCACUUUUGCUGCGUGGAAGUUCGCUGUGAAAUUAUAUUUUGUUUUCAUUUUCAACGCGUUUGCAACCCUCUGACAUAAUUUUUUUGCGCCAGCGCACAAAUGUCGGACUCUGAAGUAAGCAAUAUGUCCGAUAGUGGCUCUGAGGAUGGGUCAAUAUCUAACAAGUCGCAGCGAAGCGCCCGAUCCAGGUCAAGAUCAAUGUCCAGGUCCAGGUCGUCUAGAUCAAGGUCACGUUCUCGAUCAGGGCAUUCAGGCUCUGGGUCAGAAUCGCCUCAUGGCCACGGGCGUGGAAACCGACGCAAGAGCGAAGAGUCGGAGGAGGAGCCUCCCGGAGAAGAUAUUGACUCAGAGGAAUAUGAAGAGGAGGAGAACGAGGAUGAUCAUCCACGUAAAAAGAAGAAGAAGGAGCGUUUCGGUGGAUUUAUUAUUGACGAAGCCGAAGUGGAUGAUGAGGUCGAUGAGGACGAUGAAUGGGAAGAAGGUGCUAAUGAAAUAGGCAUCGUGGGUAACGAAAUUGAUGAAUUGGGCCCAACAGCUAGAGACAUAGAAAUAAGACGGAGAGGUACCAAUUUAUGGGACACCCAAAAAGAAGACGAAAUUGAGGAGUAUUUGAGAAAAAAAUAUGCUGAUGAAUCAAUAGCAAAGCGCCACUUUGGAGAUGGUGGUGAGGAAAUGUCGGAUGAAAUCACACAACAAACUCUUUUGCCGGGCAUCAAGGAUCCCAAUCUAUGGAUGGUAAAGUGUCGAAUAGGAGAAGAGAAAGCAACGGCUUUGUUAUUGAUGAGAAAAUAUUUAACGUACUUAAACACGGAUGAUCCAUUACAAAUUAAAUCAAUAAUUGCGCCCGAGGGCGUAAAGGGAUAUAUUUACUUGGAAGCUUACAAGCAGACUCACGUAAAGACAGCUAUCGAAAAUGUGGGCAACUUGCGUAUGGGGAAAUGGAAACAGGAAAUGGUGCCCAUUAAGGAAAUGACGGAUGUCCUGAAAGUGGUAAAGGAGCAGGUUGGCCUGAAAGUGAAACAGUGGGUGCGCUUAAAGCGAGGACUUUACAAGGAUGACAUUGCACAAGUGGAUUACGUAGAUUUGGCGCAAAAUCAGGUGCAUCUAAAGUUACUUCCACGUAUUGAUUAUACCCGAAUGCGUGGAGCUCUCAGAACUACAGCCACGGAAACUGACGAUGGAAAGCGUAAAAAGAAACGCCGCCCGCCAGCAAAACCAUUCGAUCCAGAAGCUGUAAGAGCUAUUGGAGGUGAAGUACACUCAGAUGGCGAUUUCUUACUUUUUGAGGGUAAUCGGUAUUCAAGAAAAGGAUUUCUUUAUAAAAACUUCACAAUGUCAGCUAUUUUGUCUGAUGGCGUUAAACCGACGCUAGCAGAAUUGGAGCGGUUCGAAGAGUCGCCAGAAGAGGUAAACUUGGAAAUCGUGGGUGCUGUUAAAGAUGACCCCACGGUAGCUCAUACUUUCUCGAUGGGCGAUAAUGUGGAAGUUUGUGUCGGUGACUUGGAAAACUUACAAGCUAAGAUAGUUGCUAUUGACGGCGCUAUGAUUACGGUUAUGCCCAAGCAUCAAGAUUUAAAGGAUCCAUUGAUUUUUAAAGCCAGCGAGCUACGAAAAUAUUUUAAAACUGGUGACCACGCAAGAGUAUUGGCCGGUCGUUAUGAAGGCGAAACUGGGUUAAUUAUACGCGUGGAACCCUCGCGUGUUGUGCUCGUGUCAGAUUUAACCAACCACGAGCUAGAGGUUUUACCUCGUGACUUACAGCUUUGUUCCGAUGUAGCAACGGGCGUUGAUUGCCUCGGACAAUUCCAAUGGGGCGAUUUGGUUCAACUUGACUCGCAAAAUGUGGGCGUUAUAGUGCGUUUGGAGCGUGAGAACUUCCAUGUUUUGGGCAUGAAUGGCAAAUGUAUCGAGUGCAAACCUACUGCUCUGCACAAGCGACGCGAAAAUCGCAACACCGUCGCCCUGGACGCCGAUCAAAACCAGAUUCGUCGUCGCGAUAUCGUUAAAGUUAUGGAAGGUCCACAUGCUGGUCGGUCUGGCGAGAUUAAGCAUCUGUAUCGUAGCUUGGCUUUUCUCCAUUGUCGCAUGUACACCGAAAACGGUGGCAUUUUUGUGUGCAAGACACGCCAUUUACAACUGGCCGGAGGUAGUAAGACGAAUGUGAACAAUGCCAGCACUCUGGGCGGAUUGGGAUUCAUGUCGCCACGCAUACAAUCGCCGAUGCAUCCGUCUGGUGGUCGCGGUGGACGUGGUGGACAACGCGGCGGCCGUGGUGGAUUCCGAGUGACACGUGACCGUGAAAUUUUGGGAAAGACAAUUAAGAUUAGUGGAGGACCCUAUAAAGGCGCUGUUGGUAUUGUAAAAGAUGCAACUGAGAGCACUGCUCGCGUGGAAUUGCACACCUCGUGCCAAACAAUCUCAGUAGAUCGCAAUCACAUAGCUAUUGUAGGUGUGCCCGGCAAGGAAGGCAGCGUGUCUACCUAUGGACGCACGCCAGCACGUACACCCGGUUACGGUGCGCAAACUCCAAGCUAUACAGCAGCUGGCUCAAAGACUCCUCUGGUUGGAAGUCAAACACCGAAUUGGGAUACAGACACUCGCACUCCUUAUGGCACAAUGACGCCAUCUCAUGAUGGAAGCAUGACACCUCGACAUGGUGCAUGGGAUCCCACAGCCAAUACAACACCAGCACGGAACAACGAUUUCGAUUAUUCACUUGAAGAACCAAGUCCCAGCCCUGGAUAUAAUCCAAGCACUCCUGGCUAUCAAAUGACGUCGCAGUUCGCCCCUCAAACACCAGGCACUCUUUACGGUUCGGACAGGAGCUAUAGCCCUUUCAACCCGAGCCCCAGUCCGGCACCUUCACCAUAUCCGGUUGGCUACAUGAAUACACCAUCGCCAUCCACAUACUCUCCAAACACUCCAGGAGGUAUACCCCAAUCACCGUAUAAUCCGCAAACUCCAGGUGCCAGUUUGGAUUCGUCGAUGGGUGACUGGUGCACCACAGACAUUGAAGUUAGGAUUCACACACACGACGAUACCGAUUUAGUUGGUCAAACUGGUAUCAUUCGCACAGUUUCCAACGGAGUGUGCUCUGUGUUUCUACGCCAGGAAGAUCGCAGUGUCUCCAUUGUUAGCGAGCACUUGGCUCCGGUGCCACCAAACAGCGGUGACGAGUUUAAGGUCAUAUAUGGAGAAGAAAGGGAAUCGGUUGGCAGAGUUCUGUCAAAGCAAGAGGGUGACGUUCUUGUCUGCAAAAUUAAUGAGGAGGUUAAGAUGAUACCAAUUAAUCAUUUGUGCAAAAUGAAGUCUAUUGACUAAAUGGCUAAAAAUGUUACCCAAAACUCUUAUUACCCAACAUUAUAAAAAUUUUAAAAAUUAAUAAAUAUUAUAACAAUAUUCUUAAACUAAA